CUUGCUUUCCGGCUACACAUUUUACUUCCGUUUAUUUCCCUAAGGCUCCUAGCACUGAGGUCAAGUUUCUGAACAUGGGUACUUCCCUGUCCCAGCCUUUCGAGACUGAUAAGAUCGCCUCGGCUCCUCAGGCCGCCUCUGCCGCUAGCCGUGCGCCCCUCGAUGCACCCAGAGCUCCGAUCUCCCCAGAGCAGCCGCCCGCACUUAUGAACUGCUGGAGCUGUCGCGUGCUCUCCGGGUCUGGGUUGAUAGGUGCGGGCUGGCAUUGCUUGUUGGGGUGUAAUCAUCCUGGCAGACCCCAAGGGGAAGUCCCACCCGUGAAUGUGUCAUCUGUCCCUGUCUCCAUGACACACAGAGCAAGCAUUGAGCUGAUGGAUGUUCUGGACAGACACAUGGACAUUGGCAUACUUCAGUUCUGCAGAUACUAAAAGACUGAAAAGACCAACAUUAGUUGGCAAUCUUUGGCCAUGAGUGUUUGUGGCCUUCUAGGGCUCCACAAGGACCAAUAAAUACCUCAGAGAACAGAACUGGUUCUUUGUCUUACCUGGGGAAGAAGAGUAUAAUAAAAAA